AACAGGCUUUAAUGGGGAAGCGCUCCCAGGCGGGGUUCCUGGACCCCAAGGAGGCAGGUCGAGGAAGUCCGCACCAGGACCGUGUUGGGGGUGGCUCUUAUACUUUUGUUGCGAGGGAUGGUCAGGCUAGAUGGACUGGGGUUCGGAUAGGUCGUCAGGCCGAGGCGUCCGGGCUGACAGGUCCUUCUAUGUGGCUGGGGUGGGGUGCCUUUAGCCAGCGAAGUGUGCUGUCAUUGUUCCCUGGGAUCUGGGAGGACCCUUCCGUUAGGGACCUUCUCGCCUCAGGAGAGAGGAGGGGCAGCUCGUCAUGGCCCUGGGGUUCGGCCUACAGGUGCUAAGAACUGGAGUACUGAGACUUUCUUCAGGCAGUCAGCUGAUACAAUGUAAUGAUUUUUAUCCCUUCAGUGUAGCCCCACAUUACAUACCAUCAGGUAUCCGGUCACCUCGGCAAAUGCUUGCUGCCUUGGGAAAGGGGAGGACAAGAAUAUAAAUUUCAAACGAUUGCAAAAUUCAUCCUUCUUUUAGAAAAAAGGCUUGUUUUCCUCACUGUAAGCCAGGAGAAAAGAGUAUGGCUUAUUAUUAGACACUCAAUAAACACUCUAGUUGUAGGAGACGGGAAAGUAGAUGCAAACAAAUCCUUUGCCAUGACGAGAGAAUUCUUAAUUUCUUCUUUGAAUCUUCAAGAGUUGUUUUUUUUUUUCCUUCAGUUAAUCACUUAAUUAUAUUUAACACAAAAUUUGUCCCUUGAAAUAAUUUUUUCAUGUGGUUUUCAAAGAAACUGCAUUCUCAUUUCCUUUUACUCACUGGCUAGUCUGUCUCCUGUCAUUCAUUCAGCAACGUCUGUUUGGCCUUGUGCGCAGUUAACUUAAUCUCUUUGGCCCUCAUAUUUGUAUGUUUUCAGCACAGUCACUACUCCCUAAUUGGGAGCUAUUAUAAGGAAAUGGCAACCCACUCCAGUACUCUUGCCUAGAAAAUUCCAUGGAUGGAGGAGCCUGGUGGGCUACAGUCCAUGGGGUCACAAAGAGUCGGACACCACUGAGCGACUUCACGAUAUAUCGUUCGUAGUUACUACCACAAAAUCUCUGCUUCUCGCGUCGGCGCUGGCUCGGCCAGAGAUGAACCCACCACACCUCAGAAGAAAUUGAGUAACGUUGGGAAUGCUGCUGAGAAGUAAGCAACACUUUCCACACCUGAAUACAGGCUGGCAAUCUGCGUAGAGUUCCCUACGCCCUAGCACAGGGAAGCACCAGAAGGCAAGCGGUUAAAACCCAGGGACCACGCCUGUCUCCUUCGGGGAAGCGAAACCCGUGACAUCACCCGCACCACUUCCGGUUUGAGCGCGCCUUCUCUUCCGCCCAACUGCACUUUCGUUAAAAUCGUGGAGUCUAAAAUUUCCUUCUGGGACCUCUAUAUUUAUGACUCUAGUUAAAGAUAAAAUUAAGCCAGAUGGAUUCGAAAAAAGCGUAGCUAUGGAGAAAAGAAGUAGGUGACCUGCCCUGGCGAAAGUGCGUGGCGGGAGCUCACUGCACUUUCUCUUCGCCGGCCGGAAGUUGAGGGACUGAAUGGAUCCCGGAACCGGCGGCUGCGAUUUCCCUGUCUCUACUUGACACUUGGCGGUUGCUCAGCCCCAGGUCUUGACAGCCGCUGGGCCACCAGGUUCAUGUGGAGGCUCCCAGGUGUCCGCGCCGCGCUUCGUGGGGUCCGCACGGCGGUGGAGCGGCGCAGUCGGACCGAGGCGGCGUCUGAGACCUCGGUGGGCGCGAUGGAGCGCGCUGUGGUGCGCUGUGUGCCUUCCGAGCCUAAGCUAAGCCUGUCAUUCGCGCUGGCCGACGGCAGCCACAAGAACAUGCAGCGCGACCAGAGCGAGCCACUGGGUCGGGCUCUCAGCCGGAUCGCUACCAAUGCCCUUAAAGGCCACGCUAAAGUAGCCGCCGCCAAGAAGAGCAGGAAGAACCGGCCAAACGCAAGCAGUGGCGUGGCCUGUGCUGGGCCUGGGCCUGAGCCUGAGCCGGCUGCAGCCUGCGAGCCCGUGGUGAAGCUGUACUACCGGGAGGAGGCAGUAGCUGAAGACGUGCUCAAUGUGGACGCCUGGCAGGACGGUGCGGUGUUGCAGAUUGGUGAUGUCAAGUACAAGGUGGAGCGUAACCCACCCACCUUCACCGAGCUACAGUUGCCGCGCUACAUCAUGGCCGGCUUCCCGGUAUGCCCCAAGCUCGGCGUCGAAUUUGGGGAUCCCACCGGUUCACUCUUUCGCUGGUACAAGGAAACCAAACCCAGAGCGGCGGAGCCUGAGGGCGGAUGCCCCUCGUCAUCGUCUCCCUCUUCGCCCUCUCCUGGUUGGACCGAGACGGGCGUAGAAGAGCGCGUCUACACCCCGUCAAAUGCCGACAUCGGGCUACGGCUCAAGCUUCAUUGCACUCCGGGCAAUGGGCAGCGCUUCGGGCCAAGCCGGGAGUUGGAAAGUGUGUGUCCAGUGGAGGCUGGGCCCGGCACCUGCACCUUUGACCACCGGCAUCUCUACACAAAGAAGGUGACGGACGACGCUCUCAUCCGCACAGUUUCCUACAACAUUCUGGCUGACACAUACGCCCAGACUGAGUUCUCGCGGACGGUCCUGUACCCAUACUGUGCCCCUUACGCUUUGGAACUCGACUACCGCCAGAACCUUAUCCAAAAGGAGCUCACGGGCUACAACGCCGACCUCAUCUGUUUGCAGGAAGUUGACCGCUGCGUGUUUACAGACAGCUUGGUGCCGGCUCUCGAGGCCUUUGGGCUGGAGGGCGUGUUUCGAAUCAAGCAGCAUGAAGGCCUGGCCACUUUCUACCGAAAGUCCAAGUUCAGCCUCCUUAGCCAGCAUGACAUUGCUUUCCAUGAAGCCCUGCAGUCCGACCCACUUCACAAAGAACUGCUGGAGAAACUAGCUUUGUAUCCAUCAGCGCAAGAAAGGGUGCUCCAGAGGUCUUCUGUCGUUCAGGUUUCUGUUCUUCAGUCUACAAAGGACUCUUCUAAAAAGAUAUGUGUUGCGAAUACCCAUCUCUACUGGCACCCCAAAGGUGGGUACAUUCGUCUCAUUCAAAUGGCAGUAGCCUUGGCUCACAUUAGGCAUGUCUCUUGUGAUCUGUAUCCUGGCAUACCAGUUAUAUUUUGUGGGGACUUUAAUAGUACCCCAUCAACAGGAAUGUAUCACUUUGUCAUCAACGGCAGCAUUGCAGAGGAUCAUGAAGACUGGACUUCCAAUGGGGAAGAGGAACGAUGCAACAUGUCUCUUAGCCAUUUCUUCAAACUGAAAAGUGCUUGUGGUGAACCUGCUUACACAAAUUACGUUGGUGGCUUUCAUGGCUGUCUGGAUUAUAUUUUCAUUGACUUAAAUGCUUUAGAGGUUGAACAGGUGAUUCCAUUACCUAGUCACGAAGAAGUUACCACCCACCAAGCCUUACCUAGUGUUUCCCAUCCCUCUGAUCACAUAGCACUUGUAUGUGAUUUAAAAUGGAAAUAGAUUGUGUCUAAUAGAAUUUAAAUCUGCUUUAGUAGGAGAUUUAAUAUGAAUCAGAGUUUAUGCAUAACUUUCAAAGAGGAAAAUUAGACACUAAGGUAAAAUAUUCUUAUCUGUUAGUUAUGCUCUAGUGUCUUCAUUACAUGACUGUCAUAAUGUUUGCAUAAUACAGUUUCUCUACCCUUUUUUUCCUACACUUGGAGGAAAAACAAAAAUAUUUAUGGCUGGCAGGAAGAACACUGUGUACAUUUUAUAAGUACUUUUUUUUGCUAAUUAAGAAUUUUGUAAAGAAAAAAAAAACCUGAAUGAUCUUGUAAUUUUUCUAUCAUAACACAAUUCAGAUUAAAUGAUGUAUAUAUAAUUAGGGGGAGAGCACAUACAAGUUGGAAGUGAGAGAACUUACGUUCUAACACAAGGAAGGAAUAACAUUAGGGCCUGUCUCUACCUCAGUUUGGAUGGCAAUUUGAUACAACUUCAGAGCUUUAACAAAAAAGUACACCAUUACCAAUUCCUAUUGGUUUUCAUCUUUUAUUUUUCAAUUAACAUAAGGUAUUUUCACUGUCUUAUUUUUAGGAUUUGAUUUUUAGUGUAUGGCAUAAAUGGACAUACUUAUGGUCCCAUCCUUACUGCAGCUCAUCUUAACUUUUAGGAUGUAAGCACAAUUUAGUAUUCAAAGUGAACAGUAACACUGUCAACUUGAUCCUAUUGUCCGUAACACUCUUGCCCAUGGAAAAUGUUCAUAAAUCAACAGGUUAUUUGACCCUAUCGUAUUAGGUAUUAGGAGAAUAGCACAAUGCAUUACUUUUGAAAAACUGCCUACUGAUAUGGGCUUGAAAUAGUGGAUGAACCACGGAGUAUUUCUGUGCUGCAAGUAUUUUUGAAAUUGUUGGUUUUUCUAAAUAGGAGAAAGGGAGAGUAGUAAUGGCGUUUUUGAGCAUCUCUGAAAUAAACGUAUAGACUUGAAUAUUAUAUUAUAGCUUGAGUUACAGGAAAACAUUGUAUAUGUAAUUUAUAUACUGUAAAAUUUUUUUUAAUAUGAAGCCAAAUUCUUGAAAAUUACAAAUUAUAGUUUUACUGAUUAGAGUCUGGCUGAUUAGUAACUAAACUUUUCUAACUCAGUUAUCACCAUACUUUAUUUGUAAUGCUUUAGCUGCAGCCUCAUGUUCAGGAUAACCAUGUCAUCUUGUAUUUCUGCAUUUAACUUCUAGCUUAGAUAACUAGAGCUCACUUAAACCAGAGCUCUGAGUUUCCAGUCAUGAAGCCCAUUGUUCCAUCUUCUUUAAUCUCUAAGCCUGGUAAGAACUUUCCUCUUUCGAUGAAGUAGCCUGCAUUUUCAUAUUCUGCUCACUAUCCAGUGCAUUGUUUACUCUUAGUAAUUUUGAAAAUGAGAGGGUUUUACCUGCACUUCAUAUUGAACCUUGAAGUGCUUAAAAGUACUUGAAGCAAAAAAUUAAGGUGGCAGUUUUUUGGGAUCUUGUUUAGAAAAAGCUAUAAAUGAAAAAUUGAAGCUACCAAAUUGUGCCUUCCUAAAUAGCAUUUUAAAAGCAUUUUAACAUCAGUUUACAGAUACAAACUAUAUUGAAGCCAGAAUCUGAUUCUUUUGCAAUUUUUUUUUCCGUUUUAAAUUUGGUUUUGAUUUCGUUUCAAACAAACAUAUUGACAGACUUUGACAGUAAGCUGAGAAAACAACAAGCUGAGAAACAGAAA